AUGAUCCCCAAUUAUCCCCGGACAAUCUCAUUCUGGCGCCUGAUGACCGAUCAGCAAGUCAUCACCCAGGAGAUUCUGAGCCACGAGUAUGCUGGGUCGGGCACUGAAGACGACCCUCAUGUGGUGUCCUGGCUACCGGACGACCCGCGCAAUCCAAUGCAAUUCACGAUGGCGAGAAAGGUCAUGGUUGUAUUUAUGACGGGUUUCGCAACGCUCAUUAUAUCUCUGGCAUCCUCUGGUUACAGCGGGAGUAUUCGGGGCAUCAUCCAACAUUUCGAUAUCAGCGAGGAAGUGGCUACCUUGGGACUUUCGCUUUAUGUCAUUGGUUUCUCUGUAGGACCACUAUUAUGGGCACCUCUGAGCGAGAGUGUCGGGAGACAAAUCCCUUUUUUCAUCUCAUUUCUACUCCUGGCAGCUUUCUGCGCAGGAUGUGCCGCGGCACAGAAUAUCCAGACACUUCUGAUUCUACGCUUUUUUGCUGGGGCGUUUGGUUCCUCUCCGCUCACGAAUGCAGGCGGAGUUGUCUCUGAUAUGUUUACUUCCCGGCAGCGAGGUCUUGCGCUUUGUCUAUUCGCAUCUACUCCCUACAUUGGCCCGGCAGUCGGUCCACUUAUCGGUGGAUUUCUAGGAAUGAACGCCAGUUGGCGGUGGGUGGAAGGGCUUUUUGCUGCAUGCUCAGGCCUGGUAUGGGUCCUGGUAGCCUUCACGGUUCCGGAGACCUACGCGCCAGUCCUUCUCCGGAAGCGCGCGGCAAGGCUUUCCAAAGUAACCGGAAAAUGCUAUCGGAGUACUCUCGACAUGGGCCAAGGAGUGAGUUUAGGAAAGCGCCUGAAAACCGUAUUUUCACGACCGUGGGUGUUACUAUUUUGCGAACCAAUUGUUCUGCUAUUCACCUUCUACGCUGCUGUCAUCUACGGGACACUCUACAUGCUCUUUGCUGCAUUCCCCAUCGUCUACGAACAAGAACGCGGUUGGAAUCCAGGCGUGGGGGGCCUUCCUUUCCUGGGUGUUUUGGUGGGCAUGCUCACGGCAGUCGCCUACACCGUCAUGGAUAACCAGCGUUACAUUAGGACCCAAGAGCGACACAACGGCUUCGCACCACCAGAGGCCCGUCUCCCACCCUGCAUGCUCUCCGCCAUAACAGUCCCCGUCGGCUUAUUCUGGUUCGCGUGGACAAACUCCCCAUCUAUCCACUGGAUGGCCAGCGUGGCAGCACUAGUCCCGUUCGGAUUCGGCUUGGUCAUUGUAUACAUGGGCAUUGUCAACUAUCUGAUCGACUCGUAUACCAUUUAUUCUGCGUCUGUGUUGGCGGCCAUGUCUGUGUUGCGGUAUAUGUUUGGUGGUGUGUUUCCGUUGUUUACGACGUAUAUGUACAGGGGUUUGGGAAUACAUUGGGCUUCAAGUAUUCCGGGAUUUGUCUCGGUGGCUUGUAUUCCGUUGCCGUUUCUCUUUUACAGGUACGGGGCGGCGAUUCGGAAACGGUGUAAGUAUGCUGCCAUUUCGGCAGGGCAUUUGCAGAAGUUACAGGAAACGGCUGCAUUCCGUCAGAAGUAA